GAGGAAAUCAGAAUAAAUUCAAUAAUAAAUUAAUAAAAAGAGUAACACCGAGUUUGGCCGCUCACACUCUCUACUCUCUUUGAGCGCUCUCUCUCUCUCUGAAGAAAUCACACUGGUUCUCACUGCAAUCAAGGUUUUAGCAAAGAUGGCUCCUUCGGUUGCUUGAGAUCUUGUGCCCGUUGUUAGAUUUUGAAGCUCAGCGCACAGGAUAAUCAUAAUUUGAACAUACCUGCAAAUAGUAUGAGGAAAUUGACAAUGUGGAAGCAUGGAGACGAGUUGAUGCAAUUUCAUUCAGAAGAAAAGCUCAAUAGUUGGAACCUUGACAGUUUUUGGUAGUCCUUCCGGAACACUUGGCGAUGAAAAAUGCUUUAAAUCUAUAGAGGAAGAGAGAAAAGACCAAUGGAAGAAAUACAUUCAAGCUCCGAUAACUAUAGGUCAUCCUCAUCCUCAGCAAGUAGUCCAGCAACAAAACCUCAUUCCGGAGCCUUCUUCUAUCUCCGGAAACCAGGUUUAAGGCAACAAAUCUCGUUCGAGGAUUCACCCGAAUGGGAUGACACCGAGAUCGAUGCAAAUUUAGAGGACGUGGGUGAUUCAAUCCACGUAGCAACUAGUACAAUCUCCCCUUCAUUAUCCAAAGUAAAUAGCGGAUCACUUCCAUCUCCAUCGUUUGCUGAGGCAUCCUCAGCGGUAAUUUCAAGAAAAAUUGCAGGGGCUUCUAUUGUGUGGAAAGACUUGUCAGUUACGGUUAAGGAAAAGAGGAGAUAUUCUGAUAAAGUUCUGAAGAGCUCGAAUGGCUAUGCUUUGCCAGGAACACUUACGGUUAUCAUGGGCCCUGCUCGGUCGGGGAAAUCGACUUUGCUCAGGGCAAUUGCAGGUAGAUUGCGUGACCCAGCUAGAAUGUAUGGCGAAGUUUUUGUGAAUGGUGUGAAGUCUCAGAUGCCGUAUGGUUCCUAUGGAUAUGUUGAUAGAGAAGAUGUUUUGAUUGAAUCACUGACUGUCCGGGAGAUGUUACACUAUUCAGCACUCCUACAGCUUCCUGGUUUCUGCUCUCAAAAGAAGAGUGCUGUCGAGGAUGCAAUUUUAGCUAUGUCCUUAGGAGAUUAUGCAGACAAACUCAUCGGUGGACGUUGUUUUAUGAAGAGUCUUCCUCGGGGUGAAAGGAGGCGUGUCAGUAUUGCUAGGGAGCUUGUUAUGAGACCACAUGCUUUAUUUAUAGAUGAACCUCUUUAUCAUCUUGACAGUGUAUCUGCACUUCUGUUGAUGGUGACACUGAAGAAACUUGCAAGCACAGGCUGCACUAUCAUCUUCACAAUGUACCAGAGCAGCACAGAAGUCUUUGGCCUCUUUGAUCGAAUCUGUUUGCUUUCGAAUGGGAAUACAUUAUUUUUUGGAGAAACAUUGGCCUGUUUGCAGCAUUUCUCAAAUGCUGGGUUCCCCUGUCCAAUCAUGCAAAGUCCCUCAGAUCACUUUUUACGGGCAAUAAACACUGAUUUUGAUAGGAUUAUAGCUAUGUGCAAGAACUUGCAGGAUGAUCAUGGGGAUUUUUCAUCAGUGAACAUGGAUACAGCUGUUGCAAUCCGAACUCUUGAAGCAACAUAUAAAUCAUCUGCUGAUUCAACUGCUGUUGAAUCUAUGAUGGUGAAACUUACUGAAAAGGAAGGUCCUUGUCUUAAAAGUAAGGGAAGAGCUAGUGAUGCAACUCGAAUUGCAGUAUUAACAUGGAGGUCUUUGGUAAUUAUGUCAAGGGAAUGGAAAUACUUCUGGAUCCGGCUUGUUCUGUAUAUGCUUCUCACGCUUUCUGUUGGUACUAUAUUUUCAAACGUUGGCCACACUCUGUCAUCAGUAAUGGUAAGAGUUUCAGCCAUCUUUGUCUUUGUAUCAUUUAUCUUAUUGCUCAGCAUUGCCGGGUUGCCUGCUCAUAUAAAAGAACUCAAGAUAUUUUUCCAUGAGCAAUCAAACCAACACUCAGGAGCAGCAGUUUUCUUGCUUGGUCAUUUCCUCUCAAGCAUUCCUUUCCUGUUCCUCAUUUCCAUAACCUCAACUUUAGUCUUCUAUUUCCUGGUUGGUUUGAGGGAGGAGUUCAGCUUGUUAAUGUAUUUUGUUCUGAACAUCUUCAUGUGUUUAUUAGCAAAUGAAGGGCUUAUGAUGGUUGUUGCAUAUAUCUGGCUCAACACCUUCUCUUCUAUUAUGACUAUGAUCCUCGUUCAUGUUCUAAUGACGCUUGUGGCAGGAUAUUUCAGGAUCCGGUAUAACCUUCCCCAACCCGUUUGGAAGUACCCAUUAUCUUAUGUUGCAUUUCACACUUACUCCAUUCAGGGACUCUUGGAGAAUGAGUACAUUGGUACCUCAUUUGCAGUUGGACAAGUGAGGGCUAUUCCUGGAGUACAAGCUGUUCGUGGUUCUUACGACAUUUCUUAUUCGAGAAAUGCGAAGUGGGACAAUCUUCUUGUGCUAUUUCUGAUGGCCGGGGGGUAUCAUAUACUCUUGUUUGUUCUGCUUCGGUUUCGUAUAAGAGAAAAACUCAGCAGAUGGAUAUUUUGUUGGCUUGGAAUGUAUACGGCGACCUCAAGGUGACUUUAAUCUUUUGUUUUGGUUUCGUAAUUCCUUUUUGUUGUACGUGUAAAAAAAUUGAAAGCAGAAAACCUUCUAUGAAUAGCUGAAUUUGGAAAGAUGCAAAUAUUUAAACAGUGUGAGUGUUUUCUUAUUUACAUGAAUAUAGCAAGUAUCACCAAAGACUAA